AUGUCGACGCAAGAGCAGACCGAUCUAAAUGCCCUCCUUCACAGGAUGAGGCAGCAGAUCAUAGAUCUCACGGUUCAACUCGGCGAGUUGCAAAACAACCCCACGCCAGUUGAACAGAGAUUCAACAAGAAAGUCGAGAUUGUCGCUGACCCCGGCAGUUUCGAUGGAGACAAAGCAAGAUUCGCCGAAUGGUGGAUCAAACUACAAAUCUGGAUAAAGGCGAACAUCAAAGCCUUUGAAGACAAUUUCAAGCUCACAACGGCAGUGUUGUUGAGACUCAAGGGACCUGUGGCGGGUCGAUACGCCCAAGUUAGAUUACAAGAGUGCUACCAGUCGGGCAACUGGCCAGCAUGGGAAGAUCUCAAAGUAGAGAUCGAAAAAUACUUCAAGCCUCAGGCAGAACGCGACUGGGCGCGCCAGCAGAUCCAUUCCUUCACACAAGGAAACAUGAGGACGGACAAUUUUGUUACCCGUUUCCUGGCUCUCUCUAUCCAAGGGGGGCUCGGGAACGAACACACAGUAGAAUUGUUAGAGCGAAACGUAAAACCAGCAAUCACUCAGCAACUCUACCUGCAAGGGCGACGAGAAGAAGAGCUGGUAAACGCAGCAGAGGCAGUUAGAGAUAUUGGGAGAGCCCAAGAGCUCUAUCAGAUGCAAUUUGGUGGCGGGUCCACCAACAACAACAACCAACCCCAGAGGCGCCCUGGGUUAUCAAACAAAAACAAAAACAAUUCUAACGGGUUUAGGCCUUAUGGGCUACAGCCAGGCAGAGGAGCACCAAUGGAGAUUGGCGCGGUCCAAGGGGGACAGAUGCGCAGAUUUAAGGGCUCGUGCUACAGCUGUGGCAAAGAGGGGCACAUGUCCCGAGACUGCAGAAACGGAGUGCAGGCCGCUCAAAACAACAACAAUCAAAGGUGCCAGGCGCGCCAAUUAGAAACAGAAAAACCAGACGAUCGGCUCAACUCAUUGACUGGUCGUUCAUACGACGAGAUACGGGCUUUCUUCUAUGACCAGCAGGCGGCUGAGAUGAAGGCUCAGGGAAAAGAGUUCAGAGCUUAG